AUGAAUACAUUAAACGCAUUGAUGGGACCGUCGGGUGCGGGAAAGACAACACUAUUAAAGUGUCUGAACGGACAGAAUAGCGUCGGUUUGAGCGCAAACACCAAGAUUUACGCUAUUAAUGACCGAUGGGUUCGACCGUGUUUUAUAAAGUCAGAAGUUUGGGACCACUUAUUGCCGGGACUGACUGUACGACAGACACUGUUAUAUGCGUCGAGACUCAAGAAUUCAAGGAUUUGUGUUGAAUUAAAUCACAAUAAAAUUGUGACGGAUUUGAUGUCAGAGCUGGCGAUCGGCGAUACGGCAGACAAUAGGGUCGAGACGUGUAGUGGAGGCGAACAGAAACAGCUGGCGAUCGGCGAUACGGCAGACAAUAGGGUCGAGACGUGUAGUGGAGGCGAACAAAAACGUAUAGUAAUUGCCUACAAUAGGGUCGAGACGUGUAGUGGAGGCGAACAGAAACGUAUAGUAAUUGCCUGUGAAUUGACUUCUCAUAUAAAGCCUAAUAUGUUAUGUAUUGACGAACCGACGAGUGGUUUGGACAGUAAUGCCGCAGAAGUGGUGAUAAACUUUUUAAAAGGAUUGUCCCGAAGACAUGAGAUGACAAUCAUUGCGUCCAUACAUCAGCCAAACAACGAUAUAUUUAAUAUGUUUGACAACAUCUAUGUGUUGGCCAAAGGAGGGGUUUGUCUGUAUUCAGGAGUUCCCCACCGAUUGAGACAACAUCUCACAGACAAUGGCAUUGAAUGCCAUGAAAAUCAAGUGCCGAUCGAAAUCUUGAUGAAAAUGAGUUCAACACUAAAAUCACAAUCACGUGACACAACACCAGUGUAUGACAACGGAGUGAAUUGCGAUACUAUUGCGCUGUCAACUUUGCGCCCAAUGUUGGGCUCCUUAAGUCGCUCAAAGCGGUUCAGUUUUACCGACACUUAUCAUCUGCUAUGCCGGUCGCUAACCCAUACACUCCGGUGCCAAUGGGUGUUAAUAUUGGCGAUGUUUGUGGCGCUGCAAACGUUCGCACUGGUCAUGGUAUACAGCGUGAGCCCCGAUAUCAUUAUACCCGACGGCUGUGUGGAACUGGCGUUUGGCGCCGACUGUACCCAAACAGUGGCUGAGCUCCGGGACGAGACACUCAUCAAUCAAAACAUUAAGUACCAAGUGUGCUUACUAGUAUCGAUGGCGUUUGUAGUGUUGGUGAUGAUGUCGGCCACUUUUUGCCAAGACUUUCGCGUGUUUCAAAGCCAACAACAAAAUGGAAAUUAUUAUAUGGUUGGAACCGCUAGUAGAGGCUAA